UAUAUAUAUUCGUUGUUUUUAUUGUACAUUGCAUCUGUUUAGUGGGUUAAAUUAAUUAAAUAAUGGAUCUGGAAUUGGACCCUUCAUUGCAGAACAUAAUCGAGCAGUCCUCUUUGAAAUGGAUAUUUGUUGGUGGCAAAGGAGGUGUGGGCAAAACUACAUGCAGUUGCAGUUUAGCUGUUCAACUUUCGAAAGUACGGGACUCAGUUUUGAUUAUAUCAACAGAUCCUGCACACAACAUCUCAGAUGCAUUUGAUCAGAAGUUUUCCAAAGUGCCGACCAAGGUGACAGGUUUUGAGAACCUGUAUGCAAUGGAGAUUGAUCCGAAUGUGGGCAUGAAUGAAUUACCAAUGGAAUACUUUGAAGGAGACCAAGAGGCUGUGAGAGUGAGCAAGAACAUUAUCCAAGAGAUAGUUGGCGCUUUCCCAGGGAUAGAUGAGGCCAUGAGUUAUGCAGAAGUUAUGAAAUUAGUCAAAAGCAUGAAUUUUUCUACAGUAGUCUUUGAUACAGCGCCGACCGGUCACACGUUGAGACUGUUGUCAUUCCCGCAAGUUGUCGAGAAAGGUCUGGGGAAGCUGCUGAAGCUCAAAUUGAAGAUCUCUCCAUUCAUCAAUCAGAUCAGCGGUUUGCUGGGAUUAGCGGAAUUCAACGUUGACAAUUUUUCAAGUAAAUUGGAGGAGAUCCUAACGAUCAUCAAGCAAGUCAACGAGCAAUUCAAAAAUCCCGAUCAAACGACCUUCGUGUGCGUAUGCAUAGCGGAAUUCCUGAGUCUGUACGAGACGGAACGAUUGGUCCAAGAGCUGACAAAAUACAAGAUAGACACGCAUAACAUUAUUGUUAAUCAGUUGUUGUUUUAUAGAGACGGCCUAAGCUCGUGCACCAUGUGUUCGGCCAGGUAUAAAAUACAAGAAAAAUAUUUAGAUCAGAUCAGUGAUCUGUACGAGGACUUCCACGUUACCAAAUUACCUCUGCUGGAGAAAGAGGUGAGAGGGGCGGAGAACGUUAAGGCGUUUUCUGAGAACCUAGUGAAACCGUAUAAAGGCGACGGCCAAUAAACAUGUUUACGUAUUAUUUUUUUUGCUCGGAAAUUUGAAAUUAUUCAACUUCCUAAAAGUUAUUGAGUACAUAAUAAAGCGAUGAAGGGUUUUUUUUUUGGUUAUUGUUUUCGUUGUAUUGUUUUGUAUUUUCUUAUUAUUUUGUAUCUAUUCAUUUAAGCCAAAACGCGUAAUUAGUUUUUCUACUUUAAAUUAACGUAGAAACCAUUUAGGAACAUUUAUUUGUUUUAGACUUAAUUACGAUCUACUAGCCUGAACACGAAAACGGAAAAAGCCUAUUGCUCGAAUUGUUAUACACAUGAAUACAAAAAUUUGUACAUUUAUUUGUGUUGUAAAUAAAUGGAAACUGCAUCACUUGCGAACAA